AUGAGACUGUUGAGUGCCGCAUCUUGUGAUGAAGCAGAACAUUUGAAGGAAUUUUCUUCUUGGGUUGCUUCAAUUGGAGAUGACGUUCUUGGUGGUUCAAAUGAUGGUGAAGUGACUAUUGUUCUUCCUUCUAACAUUGUAUUGUCUAAUUCUGGUGAUCCUUUGAAAACAAUUGUUUCGAAGAUAUAUCCAGGUUAUAUGAAUCAUGAAGAGUUGAGUGAUUGCUUGCAUGAUCGUGCUAUACUUGCUCCUACGUUGGAGAUUGUUGACGAGGUUAAUCAAUUCAUGAUGUCGUUGGAUCAGUCUGAAGGUUGUCUUUAUUUGUGCUCUGAUAGUAUUGCCAACUCAGAUUCGACAUCAGGUGGUUUAGCUGAGUUACAUUCUGUUGAGUUUUUGAAUAACUUGAAGUGUUCAAGUACACCUAAUCAUGAAUUGUUGCUGAAAGUUGGUACUCCUGUGAUGCUGCUAAGGAAUAUAGAUCGCUCGAAUGGAUUAUGUAAUGGCACAAGAUUGCUAAUUACACGAUUAGGUGAUUAUGUUUUGGAGGCACAAGUGUUGGUUGGCCAUGAUGUUGGGCAUAAAGUUUUGAUCCAUCGAAUGUCUUUGAUUCCCUCUGAUCCAAGGUUGCCAUUCAAAUUUCAAGGACGACAAUUUCCUUUGGUUGUGUCGUAUGCAAUGACUAUUAACAAAAUUCAAGGUCAAUCUUUGGCUCAUGUUGGGUUAUUCUUACGAAAACCAGUCUUCAGUUAUGGUCAAUUGUAUGUUGCUAUAUCUAGAGUUACGAGUCGUGCAGGUCUGAAGAUUUUGGUUUGUAAACAUGAGGAUGAUGAUAGUAGGGGUGAUUCGACUGUAAAUGUUGUUUACAAAGAGGUUUUCCAAAACUUAUGA